GCGCCGUGAGCUUCAUGUUCCUGCGAGGGAACACUAACAGCUUUUUGCACUGUGACCUUGUCAAAGGGAUAAGCUAUGACCAACAUUUACAGACAUAUGGAGAGCCGGGCAGUUAGAAACUCUAAAUGGGCCUCUAUCAGAGCAAUAUUACACAGCUUUACAGCAAAUGGUAAAGAUUACCAGUGUUACACAAUGUGUGCAGGGCAGCAGCUGAUAAUCCACUGCUGCUUCAGUUUUAUGUCAGCUGUAAGAAAAACCUGGACAGUGUGGGCCUGUCCUCCUGAGUGGACCAUGUGUAAACGGUUCAGAUAAUAAAGACAUACAUGGUAACUGAGGUAUGGCAGGUGACUUGUCCUCACCCUGUAGACUGUCUCUGUUUAGCUCUGAGUGUUUGGCCAAGCUGACGCUGAAGAGGCUGUCGGAUGAGGAUGAUUUCCCAGAUCUCAGUCAGCACAACAACCACAUGGCCAAGUUCUUAACCCUGGACAUGUACAAGCAGCUGAGACAGCGGGCUACACCCAACGGCUUCACCAUAGAUGGUGUCAUUCAGACAGGGGUUGAUAAUCCUGGCCACCCCUUUAUUAUGACUGUGGGCUGUGUUGCUGGAGACGAGGAGACGUACGAGGUCUUUAAAGAGCUGCUGGACCCCGUGAUCGAGGACAGACAUGGAGGAUACAAACCCACAGACAAGCACAAGACUGACCUCAACUCAGACAACCUGAAGGGUGGUGACGACCUCGACUCCAACUACGUUCUGAGCUCCCGUGUCCGAACAGGACGCAGCGUCCGUGGCUUCUCCCUGCCACCACACUGCAGCCGAGGAGAGCGGCGUGCUGUGGAGAAGCUGUCCAUCGAAGCUCUGGCCUCCCUGUCUGGAGACCUGAAGGGGAAAUACUACGCCCUGAAGAACAUGACAGACGCCGAGCAGCAGCAGCUCAUCGACGACCACUUCCUCUUCGACAAGCCAGUGUCUCCUCUGCUGCUGGCCUCAGGGAUGGCCCGCGACUGGCCUGACGCCAGGGGCAUCUGGCACAAUGACAACAAGACAUUCCUGGUGUGGGUGAAUGAGGAGGACCACCUGCGUGUGAUUUCUAUGCAGAAAGGAGGCAACAUGAAGGAAGUGUUCGCUCGCUUCUGUACCGGACUCACCAAGAUUGAGAACCUGUUCAAGGAAAGAGACCAUGCUUUCAUGUGGAAUGAGCACCUGGGCUACGUCCUCACCUGUCCAUCCAACCUGGGCACUGGCCUGCGUGCAGGUGUGCACGUGAAGCUGCCCAACAUGAGCAAACACGCCAAGUUCGAGGAGAUUCUCAAGAAGCUGAGGCUCCAGAAGCGUGGAACUGGUGGUGUGGACACGGCUGCUGUGGGCGGAGUGUUUGACAUCUCUAACGCUGACAGACUGGGCUUCUCUGAGGUGGAGCUGGUGCAGAUGGUUGUCGAUGGAAUCAAGCUGCUGAUUGAGAUGGAGAAGAGGCUGGAGAAGGGCCAGUCCAUCGACGACCUGAUGCCCGCCCAGAAGUAAAGACGUCCCAACACCCAACCACCUCCACUCUCCCCCUUUCCCUCUUCCUAGCACCCUCUCCUCCCUCCCCCUUUUCCCUUCCCAAUCCCCACCCCAACCCCUGUCCCCCUCUCUCCCCCUCCCCUCUGUCUGAAUGAAUGUUUGACUCUGUCCUGGAAUGCACUCUGUAUUACAGUUUGGAUUUGUUUAUUUAAAAUGAAACGUUCCUGUAAGGCGAGGAUGGUUCUGAUAUGAAAUAAAAAGUUCUGGUUGAAGUUGAA